AUGGGGCAAGGAAGAGUGGUCCAGGUGGACAACCCCACGGCUUCUUGGGAGGGGACAGGACAGGAGAGGGUCAGGUGGGAUGGGACGGGACAGGACAGGGUCAGGUGGGAUGGGACAGGACAGGACAGGGGCUGGGUUCGUCCUGCCGGCGGAUCUGAGCGGCGCGGUGCCUCGCAGGUGGCCUACGACACAGGUGACUACUACCACUCCAUCACGUGGCUGGAGGAGGCCGUCAACCUCUUCCGCCUCUCCUACGGGAACUGGAACACGGAGGACCUGGCCAGCCUGGAGGACGCCCUGGACCACCUAGCCUUCUCCUACUUCAUGGCGGGAAACAUCUCGCAUGCCUUGACACUCUCCAGGGAGUUUCUGCGCUACGUCCAGGAAGAGCCCCCUUUACAGAAUGAAGUCGGGCAACAGGAUCGCCACGGUCAUGAUCUACGUGAGUGA